AUGUCUGCUGAGGCGAUAACAAGGUACCUCCGGUCCAAAGGCGAUGUCAAUGACAUCUGUAAUCAAGCCCGACGACUCGUUAAUGCAGAACUUGAAGUAACGAUUCCCGACGCCACGGGUUUCGUUCUUACUUUGUUUUGUGACCGCCUAAAUGAGUCUCAAUCCAAGUGGAGGCUGAAUCCAGAAGUGUGGAAGACAUUGGGCGAAUUGUGGGAUAAGCUGACAAUAUCACAACGGCUGAGGAUAGCCAAACGUUUGAAGAUUGUUGAAAUAUUGACCAAUGUUAUUGCUGAAGGUGACCUUAACGUCUUCCAACCCAUGUUUGAGUUCAUGGACAAAGUGGUGACAAAGGAAUACAUUGCGAUGGACGAAAACCAAGCAAUUUCAUUAUUGUCAGUGUUCACGAAGUGCCAAGUUCUGGAGCCUCUUUGGGUUCAAGUGAUUACAGCCUUACAUCAAUUACACACCACGGAUGUGACAUAUCUGCAAAUGUCCAAAAAGCUGUACAUCAAGUUCAUCACUUCAUGUAUGCUGUCGAUCGUUCUGCUCAAUGUGAAGGAUAACACCAAACCGUUUCUUCAAAUUCUUCGAGAUGUUAUUUGCCUGGAUAACUUCGCUUCCCAGUUUCUCACGAUUUGGCAGAAGGAGAAUUUGAUUAACCAGUUCUCAUCAGAAACCUUGAAUUAUUUGUUUGAAUUGCUCAUAUCACAUUUCCAACUGAUUGAUGUAUCGUUUUGCGAGUCAUUGUAUCGAAAUUUCACUACCAACAACGAGUCAAACGAUGAAUCUCUUUUAGAGAUUUUAUGUCGUACUCAACGACCGCUUUCGUACCAGUUUUUCAAAGACAUCUACCAAAGGGAGGUCAAAAGACCCAAACUCAACAUAAACAUGAUCCAAUACCUAUUCUCAUUAGAUGUUGAGCUUGCAAUCGAGCAUGCUACUGAAAUAAUGCACUGCGUCGAUCAGGAAGCAGGGACGAAAUUAAUACCUGUGAUUACCGAAGCUUUCGUCAAAGGUAGAGAAGCAAAUGAUUUCCUACUCAAAGUAUGGCCCCAAGCAGCAGAGCAUGCCACGUGGUGGUAUGCCGACGCUAUAACGAACCAAGUCUCAAAAUUCAUCAAUGACUUGACCGUGAGACAACUUACGUCGUUGAUGCCAGAAUUGAAUGAUGCAGUUUUUACAUGUGUGCUUGAGGGUCUUAACGAUAGUGGAUAUCAGAAAAUUGCGUCUGUAAAAGAAGCCGUGUUUAAAAGAGUGAAUAAUCCUGAUUGGAAAACGAUUUUCAUGAUUUUGUGUCUUUACCCUGAGGAAAAAUCUAAAUUGAAAUUUCCAAAAUUCACAACUGAGCCGUAUUGUUUGUGGUCUAACUGCCGGAUGAUUGAAAUUGGUACCUCUGUGGAGAACAUAAACAAAAUGAAAAGCGGUCUUAUUCUGAUCCUUGAGUCAAACUUAGCCUUCGUGCUCAAACGUUGGUUACCGGUAGCCGAAUAUCUUGGUGUGAGUAAGGAAGUAGUAGAUCUACUUUUCAAAUUGCCUGUGGAUGACAUUCGUCACCAACUUCAGCACGCUGGUUCAAUCAUCUUCGAGUUACACAACUUGACGUCAGCCAUUGUCGAUGCCAUUAUCGAACAUAAGCUCGAUGAGUUAUACACCAUCAUACCACCCCAAGCCAUUAGUAAGCGACAGCGGCGCCAUGCAGUGGAAACUUUGUCCAAUAUAGUGACGAGUACUUACAGCAAACCAGCUGUAAAAGCCUUGCAUCAUUUACUAGCCAUUGAUGCAACAUUACAGUCCCCUAUCGAGUCGAACUUCUCAAAUAUUCUUCUACUCUUGAAGAAUUCUGAGGGAGAUUACAUCAACGAGCUGUUCUCAUUAGCACAACGUAUUUGGAAUGAGCACUUGCGGCAAAUGGCGAAUCAAUCUUGUAAAGCAUAUGUUGAGAACGCCAUAGAUCAAUUACAAGAUCAUGAGGGACAAAAAGAGAUUACACCUGAAUUGCGAAUGACGAUGGUUGUACUCUCAGCGUCAUCGGUGCCAGAAGAGUUAUCCCCCAGAAUCAAACGUUUGUCACUGAAAUUUGAAAAGGUCAUUCAUAACCUACUCAGAAAAUCUGAAAGUCUUGAUGAUGAAACCAAAGCUUGGUUAAUUUGGGGCCUCUCUUUGACAAGUGACCCUGAUGUUGAGGAAAUCAUCAAAACAAUAAAAUGCCUUGGAACCUCAACCUCAUCAGCGGUUAGACGAAAUCUCUUCCGUCUAGUAACGAAAGUGUACCCUACAGAGAUCAAAGACGUUGUUUAUAUCUUGGCUUUGUUUUACUCCCUCACAGCUCAAGGAGUAGAAGAUCUCACCGAGGAUUUGAGUGAAUAUUUUUCUAAGACCAUUGACGCCGUUUUGACGGCUACAGUCAAUUUCGUUGUGUAUUCCAUGUCAGAAAUCUCCUUGGAAAACUCUGAGGUGUUUGCCAACAUCGUUAAAGGGUUGCUCUCACAAAUCACGAAGUCCACGAAUGGUGGUCAAGCUGCAGUCUCAUUAUUGUUUCUGGCAAUUAUUCAGGGGACCAACCAAAUGACACCGAAGGCGUUGGAAAUCGUUUUGGAAGCGAUCAACUUAGCUCUCAUCCAUAAGAGUUGGCUUUUUGACCAAUAUACUCUUGAGCAAGUCUUGUUACUCGUGUCAAAAGUCAGCAAUAUCUUGCAGUUGAGCCGUGAAACCGAAGCGGAGUCAUGUUAUUUGAAAGCCAUUCGAGUAAUUUCGCUGAUCGUCUUAUUACAUCGCUACCGGCUUCUGCAACGCCAUCACUUAUUGAUUGCAUCGCUCACGUCUUUACUUGUACCCUUAAGUGUGGUCAGAAAUCGUGCCACCACAUUAAGCGAAAGCCGCAUUGCAGGGGAGAGUUUUGCUCGGUUGUUACUGAACAUCUGUGAAGUCAAAGCCAUAACACUGAAUGACACUCUUACGUCUGAGGCCGCACUCAUUAAAAAGGAGUUAAGAAAGCAUUUACCUGUGUUCAUGGCGACAUACAUUCACUAUUCGCUUAAGCACAAUUUCCGUGAGGUCGUCCAACAGCAGUUGUUACCGGGGAUUUUCACGAUUUUCGAUUUGAUGUCUUCGACGGAAAUGCAAUUGGUUAAUUCUACCUUAGACAGCCUGGGGAAAGUGUACUUCAAACGGUUGUACAACCAAUACCAAGAUCAAGGUAAGUGGAAGGAUGCUUAA